AUGAGUGGAUUUACACAUUACAAAAUAGAGACAACAGAUUCAAGAAUAGAUGCUUAUCCACCUUAGAGAAAUUAUCAAUACUAAUAAUACACAAAUUCACAAUUAAGGUAAAUCUUUAUAUUGAUUUAUCAAGGACUGAAGAUUACAGAGUACAAACCAAUUCCAUUCCUUAGGAAUAAAUAACUAUAACUGAUUAAGCAUCUUUUUAGAAGAUUAUUGAAGCUAAAGAUAGAGGUAACAAAAUCAUUAAUAUUAGAAAUUGCAAAUUUAAGGGAAAGUGUGAAUUCCUUAAACAACUAAAUAUCUGAUUAUUUGAAGGAGUUGGAUUAAUGGAAAUAUAAGUAUAAACAAUUGUAAGCUGAAAAAGGAACUAGUCGUGUUACGAAUGUUUACUAAGGCAAUGAUUUUGAAAUUAACUAAUAUAAGGAAGAGAUAACCAAACUUAGAUAAGAAAAUAAUGAAAUCAAGUUUAGACUAGAGCGCAAUGUAGGCGUUGCUUCAAAUGACUAUGAAGUCAAUUAAUUGAAGAUGCAAAUUAAACAGUUAGAAGACCAAGUCAAGAAAAAUUCUUUUGUCUCAUACAUUCCAAAUUAAGAAAUCAAUGAACUGAAAGAUUAACUUAAAUAAUUAACUUUAGAAAAGGAGGAUCUCAUUAAAGCCAAAAAUUUAUUGCAUUAAUAGUACUAAUAAUCAUAAAUACAAAUACAAUAAAGCAGCUCUAAAAUAUCCUUCGGUUAGGAUUUAGAUUAAUUUAGAAAUGAAAGAGAGGAUCACAAAAGAAAAAUCAAAUUAUUAGAAGACAAAAUUCAAGAUCAAUAAUAAGAAAUUUAAAGAUUAAAUUUUAAUUGUGACUCCUAUAUUUAAGAAAUCCAACAAUCAUCUAUGAGAUCUACUAGUAAAAAUCAAAAUGCAGAAAUUGAAGGGUAUUUAAAAAGAAUUUCUGCAUUACAACAUGAAGUCUUGGUCUGGUAAGAUCGUUAUAAAGCUACAUAAACUUAGGAAUAGGUGUUUGCAAUUGAAUAAAAAGUUACUUAAAAAGAUAAUUAAAUUGCGUUUUUGUAAGAAAGAAUUAGGUAAUUUGAAUUAUAAGUUGAUUAAUUAAAAUUAGAAGUAGAUAAAUCUAAAAAAGAAAUAAAUGGAUAUAGAAUUAGCUUUGAAAGUAGAAAAUCAGACACAUAAGAAGUAGAUGCAUUAAAAAGGAAAAUUGCAGAGAUGGAACAAGACAUUUAAAUUUUGAUAUAAGAUUUAAAUGAAAGAGAUUANUCAAAAAUAGAAUGA